GGCAGCAGUUGUCGCGGGACGUGCAAGGCCUGCAGCUCUCCGAUCUCCCGCCUACGCCACUAAAGCUCAGGCUUACUGAAGGUAGAAAAUGCGUGCGCUGCUGCUGGCGGUGACGCUGCAUGGGGCCCUGGCAGCUCAAGUGCACCCCAAGAACAAAUACUUUGCCCUCCAAGACAAGAGACUGGACGCCGCAUCCGUCACCUCGUAUCGCCUCACACCCAACCUUUGUGCGUGCACGGCGGUAUGCCGCGUGUCCGCGACGUGCUACGGUGUGGCGUUCGGUGCCAUGUACGUCCCUAACCAGACCAUCGCCCUCGGCACCCCAAACGUCUGCCACGUCACCCCAAAACCUCAGUUACCCAUCUACCUUCUGGACCAAGCGGGCUGCAGCUCGUUUAUACGCGACACUGGCUGCAACGAACAGUUGGGUCAUGAGAAUCUCGGCGCAGCAGGCUGCGUGUGGCUGUCCGAUCACGGGAGGACCUGGGAUGAUGCGAAAAACUACUGCAAAACCAAAGGCGGUCAACUGGCCGUUCUCGAUACGCCUGCCAAGUAUGAGGCAGUUGCCCAGCGACUUCGAACUAAACAACCGCGUCCUAACCAUCAGUGGGUGAAUGCGCAGAACUCGCUGUCUGGUUGGAAAUGGGAAGGUGGAGCAAGUGUUGCGGGUGUCUGGGCGACCGGGAAACCAGACGGUACUUGGUUCGCCGACUGUGGCGUAAUGAGCAACAAUAUGAACUUCCUUCUCAGGUUUGAAAUGCGUGCGCUGCUGCUGCUGGUGACGCUGCAUGGGGUCUUAAUGGCAGCUCAAGUGCACCCCAAGAACAAAUACUUUGCCCUCCAAGACAAGAGACUGGACGCCGCAUCUGUCACCUCUUAUCGCCUCACACCCAACCUCUGUGCGUGCACGGCAGUAUGCCGCGUGUCCGCGACGUGCUACGGUGUGGCGUUCGGUGCCAUGUACGUCCCUAACCAGACCAUCGCCCUCGGCACCCCAAACGUCUGCCACGUCACCACUCAACCCCAGAUGCCGGUCCACCUCUCAGCCCAAGCGGGUUAUGUCUCACUCAUACGUGACACAAGUUGCGACGCCCAACAUGGCUACGAGAACCUGGGCCCGCCGGGCUGCAUCUGGCUGUCCGACUACAGCCUGGCCAGGGGCGCCGCGCAGGACGCCUGCAGUGACACGGGUGGUCGCCUGGCCAUUCUUGACACGCCUGCCAAGUACGACGCCGUUGUCAAGCGACUGGAAGCAAUAAAAAAGAAGCCCGAUCAUCACUUCGUGGAUGCUUUUUAUCCAUGGUGGUUGACUUGGCCGGGGCUAUACUACUGGCAAUGGUCAGGAGGAGCUGCCGUGAAAGAAAUCUGGGCGCCCGGUGAACCUGAUGGUUCAGGGGGCAAUUGCGGGAUCAUGAACAGAGACAAAGGCUUCCUGCUGGAUAACGAGAAGUGUGAUAAGAAGCACCACUUCGUGUGUCAGAUGAAUGCCAAUUUUUGAAUGGCAAUUCAUCAACUAAAUGCCAUACAAGUUUAGACGUG